CCACCCAUUUAAACAGCCCAAUCCUCUCUCGGUUCUCUUUUAGCUGCCUCUCUUCCUUCCCACCCCACUUCUGCUGCCUUUCCUGCCUUCAAUUCUCUCGCCCGGAGGAUCACCAAGUCAAGCAAUGGCUUCUGCCGCAGUCACCGCUGCAGUUUCCCUCCCUUCCUCCAAGCCAUCCCUCUCCCCUGCCUCCCUCGAGCGAAUCAGCUUCCACAAGACAUGCUUGCACCCACGAAGCACCGCUGCAGCUAAAGCAGGCAGGUUGGUCACGGUCAGAGCACAGGUCACGACCGAGGCUCCUGCCAAGGUAGCCAAGGUGUCGAAGAAGGACGACGAGGGCGUCGUCACCAACAAGUACAAACCCAAGGAGCCAUACAUCGGGAGGUGCCUCAUCAACACUAAGAUCACCGGAGACGACGCACCCGGAGAGACCAACCACAUAGUCUUCAGCACCGAGGGGGAGAUUCCCUACAGAGAAGGUCAAUCGAUAGGCGUGAUCGCUGAUGGGAUCGACAAGAACGGGAAGCCACACAAGCUGAGGCUCUACUCGAUCGCCAGUAGCGCUAUUGGGGAUUUUGGAGACUCCAAGACCGUUUCCCUCUGUGUGAAGAGGCUUGUUUAUACAAAUGAACAAGGAGAGAUAGUGAAAGGAGUCUGCUCCAACUUCCUAUGUGACCUCAAGCCUGGUGCUGCAGUUAAGAUUACCGGACCGGUUGGGAAGGAGAUGCUUAUGCCUAAAGAUCCCAAUGCAACUGUCGUAAUGCUUGGAACAGGGACUGGUAUUGCUCCUUUCAGAGCAUUCCUGUGGAAAAUGUUCUUUGAGAAGCAUGAAAACUACAAGUUCAAUGGACUUGCAUGGCUCUUUUUGGGAGUUCCUACAAGCAGCUCUUUGCUCUACAAGGAGGAAUUUGAGAAGAUGAAAGAGUUGGCACCCGAAAAUUUCCGUCUAGAUUUUGCUGUCAGCAGAGAACAAACAAAUGAAAAGGGAGAGAAGAUGUACAUCCAGACUCGUAUGGCACAAUAUGCAAGUGAGCUGUGGGAGCUACUGAAGAAGGACAACACCUUUGUGUACAUGUGUGGAUUGAAAGGAAUGGAGAAGGGUAUUGAUGAUAUCAUGGUUUCCUUGGCUGCCAAAGAUGGCAUUGAUUGGCUGACCUACAAGAGGGAACUGAAGAAGGCAGAACAAUGGAAUGUGGAGGUCUAUUGAUGCAUUUUGUUGCAAGUUAUCUCUCUUCAAAAACCAACCUUCAUCAUAUGCUAUACUUGAUGUAGAUAACAAGUUGUCUUGUGUUCUGUGUUAUGUCCUUGUAGUUUUUAACUAUUUUAGUUGCCCUCCUAUUCUGUGAAAAGAAACCACAAUUUAAUUUCUGUGGAAUUCUUGUAACCAAUCAACUUCACUCUUGUGUUGGUCAUAUUUUUUGAGGAGAGAUAUAUAUGAUCUUUUUGCAUGAAA